AUGAACUUGAAUAGCUCUUUCGUCCUUGCGAAGGAGUUGAAGAACCCAGGGAUUGAACACGUUGAUCACUUGCUCUUCUCGAGCAAUGGAAAAUUUUUGGUCGCUGCAGGUGACCGCGACAAGGUUUUUAUAUGGAACACGGAAACUUUCCGGACUGAACAAGUCCUCGAGAACAAGCAGUGGGGGCAAGUUAGUUGCCUAGCGUGGGCGUAUACCGAAUUACCUUCGAGGGAGCCCUCAACCGUAUUAUGCGUCGGGAAUGUUUUUGGUGGUAUGAGCAUGUUUUUAAUGGACUCUCGUUCUGUUAAGCCUUUCACGGAGAGAGGAACCGUAAUCCAGCUGUUCACCCCAAAUGACAUCGUGGAGAACCUCGUAUUUGAUAAGAUAAACGGCAGGCUGAUUGCUUCCAGUCAUUCCGGAGCUGUUAAGAUGUAUUCUGUUGAUGCAGUCGCUGGCUCAGCGAAUCUCGUCUGGGAAGCUCCCAGUAACCGACCUGGUAUUCCGACGUCGGUCCUCUUCUUCGGGUCAACAAAUGAAAAGUUGCUGUCCUUCGGACUAGAGAAUGGUGACGUUUGUUGUCGGGACGCUUCCAAUGGCGAAGUGCUCUGGACCAAAAAACUCGCCAGUGGGAUCGGAUCUGCUGCGAUUUCGAGCGACCAGACUGUUAUCAUCGUCAACAAUCUCAACAACGGCAAUUUUGAUGUUUACCAAACUCCUGAUAUGUCUCCUCUCCAGACCCUAGCCGUUGGGGACUCCGUGACCACCCACAAAUACUUCAUAAAGCAGUGCCGUUUCAUUGAAGGCACGAAACUGUCGGUGUGCGGUAGCCACACUAAUAAGACCCUUACCUCAAGUCCAAAAGAGGCUCACAUGACACAGGCGAUUGCAGUAACCAUGGCGGAGAGUCGCAAAGUCUGUAUUGCAGCAUCUUCUAAUGGCUUCAUCUAUCUGUGGGAAAAGCGGAGCCAGCCCUUUGUUGGCGUCGGUGAAACUCAAACACAGCCUGCAAAUACGCUCCUUCACUAUGCCAGAACCAAUGGUCCCUUCAUUGCUUUUGUCAUGGCAUGCACUUACGCUAACUGGGCACCAUAUCUUUUUGCUUUGUUCGCUUUCUUGACUUCGAAGGCGCAAUAUUACGGGCUCCUCAACGCAAAUGAGGGAAAUUUAGAAAAUUUAGAGUUGUAG